AUGAGCGAAUCUGAGAAUUCAAUUCAGGAUCCUGAGAAGUCUCGGCCUGUCACCGACUCGUAUAGUGUCAAGGGCGGAGAGGCACCCCAGACCAGUCUCAUCAACAUUUUGGUUGUUGCUACCGCGUGUUUGGGGGGUUUUAUGUAUGGCUUCGCGGCCAAUUCUCUCCCCGGCUCUCUUUCCCAGACAACCUUCAUCGAGAAGUUCUUGUCCACUGAAGAUAGAACAUCUCGACAAGAUGGUAUGCUUGGAGGUUUCCUUGGAGGUGCUUUCGUCGGUGCUAUCUUUCAGGCUCCCCUAGCCAACAAGUUCGGUCGACGUAUCGCCAACGCUGCGGCCGCUGUGAUUGUCGUGAUCUCGGGUGCUCUCCAGGCCGGUUCCGUCAGUGCUACUAUGUUCAUCAUUGCUCGUGUCAUCUGCGGCGUUGGCUCAGGUAUGAUCUUCACAAAUACUCCCGUAUAUAUGAGUGAGGUCUCCCCUCCACACACGCGUGGAAUGCUCGUCGGUCUACACGGCGUAGGAACCGUGGUAGCAUACAUCUUAGCCGCUAUUUGUGCCUUAGCGUUUAGCUUUGUUACUACUCACAUGCAGUGGCGGUUUAUCUUCAUUGUUUUGACAGUCAUAUCUGUUAUCUAUCUGGCAACGCUAUACUUCAUUCCCGAGUCUCCUCGUUGGCUUAUGCAACAAGGACGUGACGCUGAGGCCAAGGAGGUGCUUGUGUAUCUUCAUCGCACAAAGCGAGACCCCAGGGCUGCUUUCGCCCAUGCUGAAGCGAUUCAGAUCAAGGCUCAGGUUGAUGCAGAAAAGAAUACCCCUAGUGGCUAUCUUCAUAUCUUGCGUACUCCUUCCCACCGCAAGCGGGCUAUCAUUUCUAUCCUUUUGUGGGUCAUGGGUCAAGGGACUGGCAUCACUGCUAUCGCCAAUUUGAUUCCCGUGCUCAUGGGUAGCUUAGGCUUUGGUACCACCAUGCAACUUGGACUUGGUGUUGUCUGGACCGUGUGUGCGGUCAUUGGUUGCGGAAUAAACGUCUUCCUGUUGGAUCGGGUCGGACGAGUCAAACUUUUGGUCGUCGGCGGAUUUGGCUCCGCUAUCCUCCUCAGUAUCAUGGCUGCUCUUCAGAAAUAUUAUCUCAACACGACCUACUCUCCUGGAAUCAACGGUGCCGUGGCCAUGUAUUUCAUCUUUGGUGCUUUCUUCACAUCCACCAUUGAAUGUACCGCCUACGUUUACAGUUCUGAGAUCUGGCCCACGCACCUGCGCAGUGAGGGAUCCACUAUUGCAUUUGCCAGUUUCUUUGGUAAUGCCGUUGCAUACAGCGCACCCGUUACCCUUGGUCUUUCCAACAUUGGAUGGAAGUUCUAUAUGAUUUUUGUUGCUGUCAGUGUUGCCAGCACUAUUGUAAUCAUGUUCUAUUUCCCGGAGACCAUGGGACUGAGCCUUGAGGAAAUCAAUUCCAAAUUUGGCGAGAAAGUUGAAGUGGACUUACAAGAUGCUCUGGAGGUUGAAGAUACCAGCUCUCGCGGCACAGCUUGA